AUGUCCCUUAAAAGAGGUCUUGUGUUGUUCAAGUUUCACCGUAUUCAGAAUCUCAACCAGGAAGAGACUAGUAAGGAGCGGAAGAGUAAGAGGAAGUACGUCAAGAGGACUUGGUCUCGUUGUUCCCUUUCUUCUUCUGAUAUUUCUGGGUUAUGGCAUCAGCACAGAAAGCCCAAAAGAUGUAAGCUAAAUGUUGAGAAAAAUCUCAAUGUGAAAUCUAAGUCCUUUGUUGCUACUCAAGCUGAAGAACUUCGAUCCAAAUUGGAUCCGAGAUAUCCAAGCUUUGCUAAAUCUUUGGUGAAGUCACAUGUUACUGGUGGCUUUAGGAUGGGACUUCCUGCGCCAUUCUGCCAGAAGCAUUUACCAUCGAAAGAUACCAUCAUAACAUUGGAAACUCAACAUAAGAAGCUAUAUAAGACAAAAUAUCUUGUAAGAAAGACAGGUUUAAGUGGCGGGUGGAAAGGAUUUGCUAUUUCUGAAAGAUUGUUAGUAGGAGAUGUUCUUGUAUUUCAGCUAAUAGCAGACGCCAAAUUCAAGUCUGACAACUUCACCAGAGGAGCUAGAAAGUGUAUAGACUCGCCUCAAGUUGAUCAGAGAAGUAUGCAGCCACCUGAAUACUCAGAAAGCAACAGUACUGAAAAUUCUUUUAGAUCAAGAGUUGCUGAUGGUUUCCCGAUAUGUGAAGAAGCAGCUUUAAGUCCUAGUGCUGUUUCUACAUUUGACAACUUUAGCAUUGUAAUCAACGACUUGCUUAAAGACUAUGAGCUCCCUCGACAUAUUAAGUGGAGCUACUAUAAACUGUGUUGCAGUCAGGACAGUUUGCUUCAUGCCAAUCUUCCGCAUUGGAUGAACCAUAUUUUGAUAGGUGGAGUCAUAAUUGAGACUGUUACCAUCGCUGAUGCUUUAAGACAGUGUGAUCUUUCAACUUCCAAGGAAGAAUUUGCCAUAUGGGAUAAGACUUUAAGCGCGCUUGAGCUUCUUGGGAUGAACAACGGUUUUCUGCGUUCCCAUUUGCACCAUCUACAAAGAAUUGUGCAUGAUCCGGAAGUAGCCACCUUCAAACAAAGAUGUUUGGAGCUAUGUUCUGAGAAUUCUCGUGCAGAAGAUGAGAUCAGGAGUCUUACGGCUAGACUUGCUGAAUUGAAGAAGGUCCAUAAGAAACGUGCUGCUGAUAUCGAUAAUCUGAAGUCGAAGAUUAACAAUCAUGAACUCAAGUUUCAGGAACAGGUACAUGCCCCCUGGUGAAUUGGUAAUAACCCUCACUACGAGAAACGUUAGACAAAUCCUGUCCAAUCCCAGUUCUUUAUUUUUUUUCAAAACCACCCCUAAUUAGAAGGGAAACCCCAGGCCAGUCUCGUUCAAAAUAUCAAAAAAUUGCCCGGUCCAAUCCAAGUGUAUGAGAUUUGUCGUAGCUCCUUUCGCCGCAAGUUGCAAGGAAGAUAGCUGUGCAUUUUUGAAAAUGGUAGUAGAUGUUUACUUGUUUCAAAUUGUUGUGUAAUUUGUAAUUUUGUGUAGCUUUUGCUCUGAUAUAAUAUAUAAUAGCUGAUUAGAGAAAUGCUCUUUUUUUGUUUUUUGGAUGUUUUAACUUUCAGGAGAAUUAGCAAAUCCUAUUAAUUAAUUGAUUAUGCAGAAAAUCACUCUAACAAUUAGACAUUUGGAUUCUUUAUUGUGUGGUGUAACGGUGUUCCAGCAAGAUCAAUAAACAU